AGAGAAGAGCAGUCAUGUGUUUAAACUCUGGCUAUCAGUGUAACUGUCUGACCACUGGAAAUCUAUGUGAACCAUGCAGGACGAGAGCUGAAGACAUGGGAACAGAGGAGGUCAACCCAUCAAACCACAUGAAUGCAGCGGGUCAGGAGAAAAGGGCAAGUGAAUCCGAACUGAACAUCUCUUCAAGCAAUGUUGGAAAUGACCAUGGCCGAAACUGGGGAUGGGUGCUCUCUGGGAUCAUAUGUGUAAACAUUUUGAUCCUGGGUUGUGUCUUGGUCGUCGGAAGUGCUUACGCUGAUAUACAUAUAACAACCCCUAACCUGCAGGUUUUCCUCAUCAUCAUCAUCCUACUUACCUCUAUCUGGAUGGUUUAUUAUAGCGUCUUCACAGCGAGAGAAGAAAACGCUGUCAAUUACAAGGAUGCCCACGCUGGGCCUGUAUGGCUCAGGGGAGGACUUGUGCUGUUUGGGCUCCUCGGCAUUAUCAUGGACAUUUUCAAGAUAGUCAGCUAUGUGGGAUACCUCCACUGUGAUUCUGCUGUUAAAGUCGCUUUCCCUGUGGUGCAAAUUGCUUUCAUAAUUGUGCAGACAUACUUUUUGUGGUUCCACGCCAAAGACUGUGUGCAGCUACAAAAGAACACUUCUAGCUGUGGGCUGAUGCUCACCCUCUCCACAAAUCUGGUUUUGUGGAUGUUUGCAGUAGCUGAUGAGUCUGUUCACCAAACAGUUGUUCCUGAAGAUCUGACCAACAUCACUAAACUCUCCUUCCGAAGCUUGUACAUCAGUAAAGCGGGUUACGGAGACGAUAAGUGUAAGUGCAGCCACACUUCCUGCAGCAUCUUCAACCAGACCUACUUCUACCUGUACCCUUUCAAUAUCGAGUACAGCAUCUUUGCCUCUGCCAUGGCCUACAUCAUGUGGAAAAAUGUUGGUCGUGUAGUAACUGAAUACGCCCACCACAUCAAAUUCCGAUUUGAGGGCAUAUUUAUCGGUCCUAUUUUUGGACUUGUGUUAGUAUUCGCAGGGCUGGGGACAUUCAUUGUAUAUGAGAUGGAAAUGCAAAAAGAACAUCAUGAUAACCACAAGACAGACCAUGCACUGAUGAUGCACUUUGUCAUGAAUAUAGUCAUAGUUAGCCUGAUGUCUGCUGUCACUGUGAUCGGCAGUGUGAUCUACAGGGUUGAUCACAGGGAUCGUGUGUCACAGAAAAACCCCACACGCAACUUGGAUGUAGGGUUGCUGGUAGGAGCCUCACUGGGCCAGUUCAUCAUUAGCUAUUUCAGCAUCGUAGCCAUGGUUGCAACAGAAGCCAAAGGUUACCUGAGUAGGCUUAAUCUGGCGUGGGCUAUAAUGAUGGUGGUCCAGCUUGUCCUGCAGAACAUUUUCAUUAUUGAGGGUCUGCAUCGGGAACCCUUUCAUGAAGUGGACGAGUCAGUCGCUGUGUUUGCAAAUCCUUACGUGCCGGAGCCAAGCAAAGAUCAUUACAGCCACGAAGGCUCAAACACAAACACAAACCCCCACCCAGAGCACAAACUGUUGUGGAAGCGACGAGUGUUGAAGGAGGUCUGUAUGUUUCUGCUGCUGGGCAACAUAAUUCUGUGGAUCAUGCCUGCAUUCGGCGCUCGCCCCCAGUUUGACUACAGCAUGGAAAGUGAAUUCUACAAAUUCAACAUAUGGGCCGCUGUUGUAAAUGUGGGACUUCCUUUUGGCAUCUUUUACCGAAUGCAUGCUGUGGCCAGCCUUUUUGAGGUGUUUCUGAAUGCGUAACAUGGAAGCAUAAAAUGUGUACAGAUGACUGUGUGGAUAUUAUAACCAUAAAUAAACUGUGGUUUGUUUUGAUGCUUUUCUUUGUUAUUAGUCAAAACUGACGAAUGAAUGCUGCCACUGCAAUGUCUCUGAUUUAAAAAAAAAAAAAAACAUAAA